UCUCUCUCUCUCCCUCACUUUCUCCGAUGAAGAACAUCAAACCCCAAUUGCUUCGCAGAAGCAGCUGAGAGUAGAGAACUGAGAUAGUGCUACUGCAAGUCGAAGAAAGAGAACAUCAAACCCCAAUGGCGACCGUUGCUGCUAGUGCUAGUGACGACGAGAGGAAGAAGAAAACGGAGAUAGCGAGGCAGCACAUAGAAGAAAUAAGGAGUGGGAAAUUCUCGAUAGGGGAGAAAUCCCUGAACCCAUUAACUCAAGAUCUCCAUAACGCCGUCACCAGUCUCUCCAAAGAGCUCUACACCAAGUAUGUUCAUUUCCUCAUGGAGCUUAUCCAGAAUGCAGAAGACAAUGAGUAUGCUGCGGGCGUAGAACCCGCGCUAGAGCUUGUUCUAACAACGUGGGAUAUAACUGGAGUGGGUGCUUCUGCGACUCUGUUGGUGUUCAACAACGAGAUUGGCUUUUCUAAGGAGAACAUUGAGUCCCUUUGUAGCAUUGGUAAAUCCACUAAGAAGGGUCGGAGAUGCCAAGGCUUCAUUGGGGAAAAAGGAAUCGGGUUCAAGAGCGUGUUUCUAGUCAGUGGAAAGCCGCACAUUUAUAGCAAUGGCUACCAAAUCAUGUUCGAUGAAGCUCCUAAUCGCGACUGUGGUAUUGGAUACAUUGUACCAGAGUGGGUCCCCACAAGGCCAACUAUUUCAGAUUUACAAGUCAUCUAUGGGUUGAGCAACACCCUUCCAGCUACCACAAUCAUUCUUCCACUAAAAACCGAGAAGUUGGAAACUGUGAAGCAACAUCUCUCAGAGAUCCACCCAGAAGUUCUCCUUUUUUUGUACAAGAUCAAGAGGUUGUCAGUACGUGAAAACAGCUGUUUCUCAGUAGAGGAUUCCGUUUCUGCUAUUUCGAUUUCUAGCGAGACUAAUCUCAUUUCUACACAGAAUCAAGAAAUAGAUUCACGUAUUGUCCAUCUUUCUGUCCAGGAGGGGCAGCUGGACAUGGUUGAGUCCACAUGCCAUUAUUACAUAUAUAGACAAAUGUUCCCUGUGAAACCUGAGAAUGUGGUGGAUUCUAGGAGGGAUUUACCAAAAUGGGCCAUAUCUUUGGCUUUUCCAUUUGGUGAUAGAUUGAUGAGAGGGACCUCUUCUGUUGGUAUCUUUGCCUUCUUGCCUACUGCGAUGGUGACCAACUUUCCCUUUGUAGUGCAUGCAGAUUUUAUUCUUUCAUCUUCGAGAGAAGCUAUAGUCUUGGAUAACAAGUGGAAUUUGGGAAUCCUUGACCAUGUCCCUUCCGCUUUUGUUAAUUCUCUUAUGACUUGUAUGAGCUCCACUCAAACAGCCGAACUUUUCCCCAUUGUUCGGGUGCUUGAAUUCUUACCUGUACAAGAGUCUCCUCUGAAACAGUUCAAUGGAGUGAGAGAGUCCAUUAGACUCAAGCUCAGGUCAAAAAGCAUUGUUCCUUGUGAGUUGUUCUCGACUGGGGAAAUGGUGUUUUGUGAGCCAAUUGAUGUAGUUAGGAUUUUACCAGAAUUCAGGAAAAUCCUGACCCAUAUGAGGCAAGUUGGAGUUUCUUUCAAGGGUGUUUCUUCUCAAGGAAAGUAUGUCUUACACAACUCUGUGGAUGACAUAAAAUAUGAUCCUAUCUGGAAGUUUCUUGGUGUGUCAUCUGAAAAUGAUAGUAACCAUUGGUGUGGAAAGUGCAUUCAAACGUGCAACCUUGUUUCGCGUGUUCCUACGGAGAUUUAUGUCGAGCUUAUUUGCUUUCUUGCUGAUAAAUGGAAGUAUUUCCCAGAUAGGACUGUGAGCAGUAUUUCUCUACUUAAAUACAUUGCUUGGAAUGGGCAGGAUUUUUUCUGUAGUGUGUCACAAAUUACACAGGCACCGUUAAAGAUUCAUCUUGUUUGGGAGGCUAAACACCAUUCCUGGCUAAACAAAUGGAACGUACUAAUGGGGUGCCCGGAUGAUAUCUUUUUCUUUCCAGCUGAGACAGUCACUGCGAUUGUGAGACACAAGAAGGAAAGUAUAGUGAAGAAUUGGUUGGUUUCUAAAGUUGGUUUGGUGGUCACCAACGUUUAUGCAUACUGUCUGAAACUUGCUUAUGUUCUCAGGGAAAAGAAGGAUAGAAAACUUGUCGUUUCACUGGCUCAUCUUGUUUAUCAUUCUUACUUGAAGAGAUAUCUUGAUUCAUAUCAUGUCUCUCUUGUAUUACAGUCAAUGCCGGUGGUUGAUAUGUCUGGCAAUGUAAGCUUGUGCACAAGGUCUCUUGUGCCCACUUCUAGAAGCACAUGGGUGAAACUUUUUGGUUCUGGCAUUGUAAAACUUGAGCUAGAAAACGAGAGUGCUGCGGGAUAUGAUUACCAUCCUAGUAACUAUGUAGAAAUGGGGGAGGUGUAUGCUGAAGCUGCUAAUUUUGGCAGAAAUUUUACGCCCGAAGGGACACUAUUGGGCUUCCUAAUUAAGCAUGGUAAAGCCAAUGAUUUGCCAGAUAUAUUACCUGAAGAUAGAGCAUUAGGUAUAGCCUCAAAUCACCUAACAAGUCAUCAAGCUCUGUUGCUACUGGAGUGGAUCCAGAAUCUUAGAGCUAAGAAGUACAGCCUGAGCAAAUACGAGAUACCUAAGAGGUUCAUCGAUAGUGUACGAUGCGGAAAGUGGAUGAAAACGUAUGCUGGAUUCAGUUCUCCAAACUGCUGCUAUCUUUAUGAUGGGACUGAGUCAUCCACUCUCAUAGAAAUAGGGAAAGAGUUCAAGGUUUUAUCAGCUAUCGAUGAGGGGUAUUACAAUCACAGGAUAAAAUCAUUCAAAGAGGUGUUGAUGUUUGUGGGUGUACAAAUAGGGUCAGAAAAUAUAUACCAGCUCAUUGUUAAUCACCUUAAACCUCUUCUUUCCUCUGCAAUGAGUGGACACUUGGGAAUUUCACUGCUAAGCUUCAUCCGGUAUUCAAAUGACAAUAACAAGCUUGAUGUAGAGUUCCUGAAAACCCUGCAACAUGGAAAAUGGGUGAAAUCUGACCAAGGUUUCGUGAAUCCUCUUGGAACCAUUUAUCUGACUUCUGAUGUUGGAGAAGCUAUUAUCCUGAUCACAGAUUUGCGGGUUGUUGAUAAGACUUACUAUGGGAACGAACUGCAGGAUUUUGUGAAUGAGCUCAAGUUGCUGGGCGUUGUAGUGCAUGUGGAUGAUGUGUAUAAACUAAUUCCACAGCAUUUCAGGUUUCCUGAAGAUCUCUCUAUGCUGAACGCAGAUGCUGUUUUUCUGUUACUGAAAUGCAUCCAACAAUUAGGACCUGAAGCUCUCAGUUUGAAAGAGAAAAUUGUGUGCCAAUCUUGGAUGAAAACUAGCUUCGGUUUCAAAUGCCCCACAGAAACACUUCUGCCCCAUCGCAGCUGGGGUCAGUUAGUUGAAGUCCUUCCCCUACCCGUCAUCGAUGAAGCCUACUAUGGAAGUAGGGUUAGGUUGCACAAGGCAGAAUUGGAGGCAAUUGGGGUGGCAGUAAAUCUUGACCAAGUGUGUAAUAUGCUUAUUACUAAAGUCAAGUUUCUCCUAUCCCUAAGUGGUUUAACUAGUGACAUUGUGAUCUCUCUUCUGAAUUGCAUGAAGUGUAUGAGUAAAACAAAGGCUCCGCAGUUGACCCGUCUGAUGAGUUGCUUGUCAGGUGAGAAAUGGUUGAAAACUUGUGACGGGUAUAGAUCUGCUCCGGAUGCAAUUUUAUUUGAUUCAGAUUGGGGAACAGUUGCUCCAUUUGUUGAUCUUCCUAAAAUAGACGAUGCCUUCUAUGGCAAUUCAAUCUUUUCAUUCAAGAACGAACUGAAGAUGCUGGGUGUUGUGGUCGAUUUCAAUGAAGGCGCACGUCUUGUUGCCAGAGGUUUAGAGUUGCCUGAGGAGCCAGUAUCUGUAACAGCAGAAUGCACUUUCUCUUUGCUUAGUUGUGCGAGGUCUCUUCGACAGAGUAGUAAAUCAUCUGAUCUGUCUUUACAUGAAAAUUUUCUCAACAAACUGAAAGGAAGCAAAUGGCUUAAAACCCAUGUAGGGUACAGAACCCCAGAGGAUUCUCUUAUUUUCGACCCAGAAUGGAAUUCCUCCCUAGAGGAACGAGAUGGACCUUUCAUCGAUCAAGGCUUCUAUGGGAAUUUGACUUCUCUUCAUAAGGACGAACUGAUAGCUAUUGGCGUGAAAGCAGAUACCGAGGACGUUUGCACUUCACUUUUCCAGAUUCUUACUUCUAAGGAAGAAACUUCUGCUGUAAUGAGAAUCUACAGAUUUCUGCACAAAUACAUGCAGAGUUCAAAUUCCCAGGGUUGUUUUGCAUCUCAAUUAUGGAUUCCAGAUCAAGAAGGAAACAGUGGGAAAUGGGUAAGCAAUUGGCCCUGUGUGCUUCAUGACAGGGACAAUCUGUUUGGCUCUUUUCUGCAUGUUCUCGACAGACAUUAUGAGGAGGAAUUGUUAUCUUUUCUGUCAACAACUUUUGGAGUUGAUCCGUUUCCUACCGUUUUUAGAUAUGUUGAUCUCUGGAAUAGCUGGGUGACGUGUAACCGCUGUCUGUCUUCCGCGGAGCUACAUUUGUUUUGGGGAUAUAUUUCAGAAAACUGGAACCCUUUUCUAGAGAAGACAAUCAAAAAGGGUAUAACCACGCUACCGGCAGUCACCAUCUCAGGGGCAGUUCAGUUAGUGGAAAGAGAGGAAGUAUUUAUACCUGAUGAUUUGAAUCUCAAAAAGUUGCUCGGAGAAGCUAGUGAGAAGCCACUGUUUGUAUGGUUCCCCCAGAAUGUCAUGUCAUCCCUCUCUAAACUGUAUGAAAUCUACAGAAGUUUUGGAGUGCGAAAGAUAUCUGAAGCUGUUCAGAUCUCCGCGAAUUCUGAGCUUGAAAAGAUGGGUACAGAGAACAGCCUGAUUGGAAAGCCCUUGAUCAAAAUUGUGUUAGCUUUCGUUGCAAAUCCUGUAAUUUACAUGCCAGUGGAAGAAAGACACCGGAUUGCGAAAUCUCUUCUUGACAUCUCACUUGUUGGGACCGAGAAAUCAUUGAUGGUCAGUUAUUUCUUGGAUUUACCUUCCUCAAAGAAGAGACUACAUGUUGAAAUGAGAAAACUGGUGCUGUGGGAAAAGAACUCGCAGAAAUUGCUCGUCCAUAAACCGAGCUGGAAUGGUGGAAGUGGAACCAAAAGUAUGGAGUUCAUUACAGAUUUUUCCAGAGCAAUUGCAGAGGCGGUCCUACCGAACGCCAGUGGCUUUGUGGUAGAUCUGUGCAAGAUAAUUAAAAUAGGAUUCGCUUUUGGGUUUAAGGAGGAUGAUGUGGACUCCUUGCUGUUGAGUGAAAAUCUAGAGCUGUUUCCAGUGGAUGCCAGCUUCCUUGAAUGUGCAUUCCCAGCUGCUAAGAACCAGUAUCUUGGCCGAGACCUGCCCUGCACACCCGAAGCUUCGAUCCAUAAGAAGCAACGGCGGUACUGAAACUUUUUGGGAUACUUUCUUUUGAAAAGUAGUUGGUAUGUAGAUAGUAAGCUGGUGCUAGCGUUCCUUUUUUUUGUGUGUGUGUUUUGGUAUGGAAUGUUCUGGAAUAGGUUGGGAUGUGAAGACUGUUGAAACUACUUUUUUGUUGAUCUGCACAGUAACACCUUACCAAAAUCAGAAGUUGUUGGGCCUGUAAUCAAGUGUUGAUGUGUAAAUAUUAGUCUGAUGUGGAACGUAUUACUAC